AUGGAUGCAGACCCGGCUUGCAAGUCAGAGCCGUCCUUCACUCAGGAUGCCCAACCAAUGCGGCCAGCGAGAAGACGUGUGAACUCAGACGACACAGAGCGUCCACCUUCAGCCCAGCGUACGCAAGAUGAGGUCGAUGGCCAGGCUGAUGCGAACGCUGGAGAGCAAACAGAGGAUGAAGAUAGUGACCCUGCAGGAAGGAUCGAGGAUUUUGACUGGGAAGAUCUCCACGUUCGGUACCACGAGGCUAUGAAUGGUUGCCACAACGAAGAGUCGGAACUGAUGCAGGAAUGGGAAAACAUCAGCGUGGUCAAAGCCUUCGAGAGUGCGCUCAACCUCCUCAAAGCCAACGGCAUUGGUCGUUGA